AUGGCAAGAUACAACCCUGCAAGAUACAACCCUGCAAGAUACAACAUGGCAAGAUACAACAUGGCAAGAUACAACAUGGCAAGAUACAACACUCGGCCCUGUGGUGACUUCCCGUGGCCAGACGCAGCAGUAGAGGCUGUGAACUGCGACUACAACUAUCAACACUACAACUACCCCGACGUGAAAGGCCGCUGUAACGUAACGUGCUCCGACGAAGACGAUCUGUUGGUGGGACCCGCAGACCUCAGCUACCAUGGCCAGUAUUCUCAGCUGUCCGGUACCUACGUCUGCAGUUUAGCCAACAUGACCUGGUUGGGAGAGGAACCCCGAUGUCUAGGCCAGUACAACAGCGCUACCGUCAUCACGAACGAGACCACCGGGACCCGACUGGUGGGGGGAGAGUUCUACGGCUGUGUGGAGCUGUACGAUGGCGUCACGGGGCAGUGGGGGCCUGUCAAGGGGUGGGAAAUUUCCUACUGGGGUACCGAUCAUGACAAAGCCAGAAUGUCCUGGGCCGACUUAGCGUGUAGAAACUUGGGUUUCAGGGAAGGACUUGCCACAGCCGGCUUCAGGUUAGCCAAUGGAGUUGUCAGAUACCGUCAUACAUAUUAUCUUCAAUGGCGGUACCGCCCAUCCUACCCCUCCACGGCCCCCAAGUUCAUACUGUCCCAGUCCCUUCCCCAAUGGGAGGGGGCGUCUCUGCAUGUCGCCAUAGAUAGGGUGGUGCGGGGGCCCUGCCCAGACAACGACUGGGACUGCAGGAGUGACUACGACCACAUGUGUCUGGCCUGUGCUGGAGAACGGCAACACGAUGAUCCACAAGGUAUGUAA